AUGCAAGCUUAUUACCUACUACUACAGUUACAGACAAGUGGUGGAGUCUGCUGGGAGUGCCGUGCUCUGUUGCUGCGGCUCAGUGCAUUCACAGAGCAGGCUCGCCGUGCACAGGACCUGCUGCGGGUGUACACUGUUUACACAGAUCAUCAGAAGACACUAGACCUAGACAGUCUUUCAAGACUGGGCUGUACAAGCAAAAACGAGUAUGAUUGCGUCAUCUACACCGAAGGAGUCAUCAAAGGCGAAGAGUCAGUGAAGAUUGAGGAGCUAAAGUCAGACAUCACUUUGUUAGAACUAAACCCUGUCCCUUUCUUUGAUUCCCGAUCUCAAUCACCUCUUAGUCAAUGUGACGUCACACCGGCAAACCCAGACGCAUCCCAAGAACCAGAAACCAUAAAGUACGAAACAGAAGACGACAUCUCCUUAUCAACGUUAAAAAAGAAGAAAUCAAAACAGCCAGUAAAGACGAAAAAGGUUGCAGCGAAAAAAAGUAAAAAGGUUACAAGGAAAAAAACAAAAGCCAAACCAGACACAGAUGAUGAUGAUGAUGAGCCAUCUAAUGAUGGUCAGGAGCAGAAAAGUGAGCAGAAUGCUAGCAGUAGUUUCAAGUAUAUAGUAAGGCAAAUGUCUGAGGAAGAGUUCCAGGCCGCCAGGACCGCUAAAGCGAAUACGAGCCAUUUCAAGAAGGCUGAGUUUAAGUGUGAGUCUUGUAUAACCGCCUUCUUUGAUAAGAAGAGGUUUGACGCGCACAUGGAGACAAAACAUGCCAAGUCGCUCGGCCCACACGAGUGCAACAUCUGCGGCACUAGGUUCAAGAAGGCGUUCUCUCUGUCCCGCCACACGAGUGAGCACUACCGCGGCUACCGCUGCCGGCUGUGCGACUACGCGCACUACAACCAGAGCUCCGUGGAGUCGCACUACCUGAAGGAACACGACACUGAUACGACGUUUGAUUGUAACACGUGCGGAGCUAAAUUUGAGACGAAGCGCAUGCUGCGCUACCACCGCGACACGACGCACAAGGAGGCCCCUCGCUGCGAGCUGUGUCGACGACAGUUCAAGACCACCACCAUCCUCAAGCACCACUACCUAACGCACGCGCCGCAGCCUGAACUAGAGUGUGAGGUGUGCCACAAGCGAUACAAGGGCGCCCGCAACCUGGCCGUCCACGCCCGCUCGCACCGCGCCCCGCGCGCGCCGCCCGAGCUCGCGUUCUGCGCCGAGUGCGACCGCCAGUUCAAGUCCGCGCUCUGCUACCGCUACCACGUCAAGUACCAUCCGCGACAUCGGAGCGACGAUGUGCUGAAGUUCAAGUGCGAGCACUGCGACAAGCGCUUCAUCAGCCGCACGUUCCUCAACUACCACGUGACCACCAUCCACCUGCGCACCUACCCGCACCAGUGCCACCUGUGCAGCAAGAGUUUCUCGCGCUCGUUCAAGCUGAAGGAGCACGUGCAGUUCACGCACGAGGGCAAGGUCAAGGUCAAGGACAAGCUGUGCCCCUACUGCGGGAAGGCCUUCAACAACAAGAAGGUGUUGAACAACCACGUGCGCGUGCACACCGGCGAGAAGCCGUUCCAGUGCGGCCUGUGCGCCGCGAGCUUCGCGCAGCAGAGCACGCUCACCACGCACGUGCGCGGGUUCCACAUGAAGCUCAAGAAGAGAUAGGCGAUGUUGUGCAACUAGAGAUAGGCGGGCGAGUGCGAGCUUCGGCAUAGUACGCUUACGACCCACGUGGGAUCCACAUGAAGCUCAAGAAGAGAUAGGCGAUGUUGUGCAACUAGAGAUAGGCGGGCGAGUGCGAGCUUCGGCAUAGUACGCUUACGACCCACGUGGGUUCCACAUGAAGCUCAAGAAGAGAUAGGCGAUGUUGUGCAACUAGAGAGAUAGGCGAUGUUGUGCAACUAGAGAGAUAGGCGAUCAGAGAGAUAGGCGAUCAGAGAGAUAGGCGAGCGAGUGGAACUAGAGAGAUAGGCGAUCGGGUAUAACUGGAUAUAGGCGAGCGAAUGGAACGAAAUAUGAAGGAUGAUGGCUAGAAGGAGAGAUCGGCAGGCGAGUGGAACUAGAGAGAUUGGGGAGCGGGUGGAGUGAGUGAUAUAAGAGAUAGGCGGACGAGUGGAGAGAUAGGCGAUAUGGUGACAAGAUAGGCGACCGAGUCGAAUCAACACAGAAAUAGGCGACUGGCCGGCUAGAACUCGAGAAAAGGUAACGGCUGGGUGGAAAAAUAACAUGACUAAUAUAUUGUGAGGACAUCUCAUACUCGGCCAUUCGAUUCCAAACUAGGUUCAAGGGUUGCAAGAGUUGGUCCUGCAAUAAGAGUAGUUCAGUAGGACGGGUUCAUUGACCUGACACGGGCAGAUCACUGGUACAACAUCACCCUGUAGAUCCGAUAUACUUAAACGGUUUAUGUUUCUUGUCCAUCUGCGUACCUUUAUAAUAUUCGCUAAAAUUAUGAAAAUAUAUUUAUUUUAUGCAAUCAAAGUGCUAUUUUUAUUAAAAUACUUUUCAGAUGCCGUUGUAGAAUCCUGAAGGCGUUGUUAUACUGUACGUCUGGUACGGAUUUUGCAAUUUACGUUAACGAAAAAAGUUCAAGUUUUCUUCUGUCAUCUGCAUACACUAUCUGACAAAAGUUUAAUGAUAGUUUUCACUAGAGGCGCCA